GAAAAGGGUCCAGAAGUAAGGGCUCCAAGAAUAAAACUCGCAAUGCUAUAAUGAGAGAUGAAGACAAAUGAUAACUCGUUUCAUAUCCGUUCGACUGUCAUUACGAAGAUCUAGAAAAAAUCCGUUCUGUGCUCACACGGAUAAGAAAGUGACGCACAGAAAAGUUUAAAGAGCAGACUGGAAGAGAGAGAGAGAGAGAGAGGAUUUCAUCUCAUUGUCGUCGCAGUCUCUACCGGAACGCAUUCGUUCGCUGCCGUGUAUGUGAACCACUGCUGGAAGAGACCGGUAUUCUGUAACGAUGACGAGCAGCAAAACGACUCUUGCUUUCCUCAUCUACGGGCUCCUCGUACAAUGCAACGUGUGUUCACCGUUGAGUUACCCGAACAUCAGAAUGGAGUCUGCAGGAUUUGACGAGGAGGGACACUCAUUGACGGAUCUAACCUUUGACAGUGACCAGAUCACCAUUCGAAGCUCUCCUUCGGUUACUGAAGACGCAUACACGUUUUAUAGUCCCUCAUCGAAAAGAUUGGAAAGGCACGCUGACGGGAUGUUUAAUAAAGCCUACAGGAAAGCGCUCGGUCAGCUAUCCGCGCGGAAAUACCUGCAUACACUGAUGGCAAAACGCGUGGGGGGAGGAAGCAUGAUAGAGGACGACAAUGAGCCGCUCUCAAAGCGUCACUCGGACGGGGUUUUCACCGACAGCUACAGUCACUACCGGAAGCAAAUGGCCGUAAAGAAGUAUCUGGCCGCAGUCCUUGGCAAAAGCCCUGAAGACUUAGAUUUGCACCAAUGUCUACAAGACGAUGAGAUUGUGGCAUUUUUGUUCGAUUUGCUGACAGUUGCCUCCUGAAUUCCUGGUUUUGUGGCGGCUUGGGUGCCUUUGCUUCAUCUUUAAAAUGGCCACCAAAUUCAGAUGGCACUUAAGUGGCCCUCCAAAUGCUGCAAUCACCUGCUAUUUCUCACAUAACAUACUUUGUUCAAAUGCCACCUGGCUUUCUGGUUAUUCGAUUUAACUUCUCUAUGCGUAGUGUGUUGUAGCAUUUAUUAAACAUUCUCAGCCUUGAAAUUAAUUUUGUGUGCGGAGACUGAUAGUGCCCAAAGCCUUACUUAAACAUUAAGAUAAAUCUCUGUCUUGUGUUGAUCGUUAGUACAAUAACACAUGGGAGCCACACAAGGGCACCAUUAUAUAUGUAAGAAACUAAACAAAUCAAAACAAACAAACAAAAAAAAACAUGUGUUGUAAGAUUUGUAUGAAUAAAUUUUUGUAAACAACAA